GAAAGAGUGUUAAAAUUAGAAUAAGAAUAUAUACAUAUAUGUAUAAGAAAAAAUAUAUAACGAAAACUUUAUUACAUGAAGCGAGUGUGAUUAGAGAAAAGUGCAAAUGUUAAAAAAUAAAUCGCCAACUAGUGUCACAUCAAAAGAUAAAAAGAAAAGUUAAAUCGGUUUUAAGCAUACACAAAAGAAAAAAUUUUUAAAAAGUUCUAAAAAAAGAAGAAAUUUUUAAGUACAUAAGCUAAUACUUACUUUAUAAUUGCAUCGUACACAUACAAUGGCAACACUUUCCUCCAGCGCAGCCUCUAACGCUAGCGAACCGCCGAAAAUCAGCAAAUUCUUUAGCAGCAGCUGCAAUUACCAAAGUAAAGUACAACAACUGAUCAGCUUCAGUUUCACCUCGUCGAAUUUCAUUUUCAUCACAUGCAUACUGAGUAUUAGUAAGUUGUGCACUGUUACCGCUGGUCCGGUACAAACAACCGCCGCUGCUGGUACACCUGGUCCCACCACAGCCGGCCCACCCUACAGUGCACUCAAUGCUACAACAACGUUAAUGGAAAAAUUGCAUUCAUUCGCCACAACUUUGGGCCCACCUGUGACAUCGACAGAGAAAUCAGCGAAAAAUAGUGCCGCUGCUGCAAAUAGUGUCAGUGACGGCAGUGGUUCAAUGUCGUUUUUUGGUCGUAAAAAUUUGAUAAAUUUCGAUUUUAAAUUUCUAAAUGUCUCCGGCAAGAUUGGUACACCGCUCAGCAUUGCUCAAAGUAUAGUCAGAAUCUGCGAGGAGAAACAAUUCCAGUGCGCCAAUGGUGUAUGCAUACCCAUCCGUUUCGCAUGCGAUGGCGAUUCAGAUUGCAGCGAUCACAGCGAUGAGCGCAUUGCCAAUUGCAAGUUUAUAGGUGAGUGA